AGUGCAAGAGAUCACCAGCAGCCCGAACAUGCUAGUACUGAGUAUUUACGACUGUAACUGCAGAAUGGAACAGAUGUACAACGAUAUGCGCAUCAAGAAAGCCCUGUCCGAUGCCAUGGCAACGAACAAAGCAACGCCUCUUGUUAAGGAAGAAUUGCGACUGUCUAUAUUGUUAAAAAGAAUGACCGAGGGGAAGGACGAGAUGGUCGUAAAGUUUAAUAUGCCAAAGAAAUACGAGCUGACUGAUGACGAGGUGGUGAAAAGAGACAGACGCCGUCGUCAGAACAGGGACGCUGCCCGCAAGUUCAGGCAAAACAAGAAAAUGAAGGCGUCCUCGCUCCUGGAGAUAGUGGAAAAAGAAGAAUGUCGCAAGAAGGAGCUGGAAGAGGAGAUGCAGGAGCUUAUUGCUGAGAAGAGAACCCUUCUAGCUGAGAUUGAAGGACGAUUCUCUAACUAUUCCAACACCAUCGCCUCACAGCACCAACAAGCAAUGUUCGCACUCCACACUCAGAUAGGGAAUGAUGACAACGACCGGUACACUCAGGACCCAGACAUUCAGGGUCACGUCCAGACACAAUUCACAGACAUGGAUCUGUCCACAUAUGGACACAUCACUCCAGAAGCAAGACUGACCCUGGAGUAUGAAUAUCAAUACACGGAAAUGACAGACGCGCAGACACACUUCACAGACAUGGUUCUGUCCACAGAUGGACACAUCACUCCAGAAGCAAGACUGACCCUGGAAUAUGAACAUCAAGACACGGAAAUGACAGACGCGCGGGUACCGGGAGUCGCGAAUGAUGUUCAGGUUCCUGAGCUAUUUACAGCGCCAUCUGUCGGUGAUGCGACUGUCGAAGUCAACGUGGUCAACGCCGACUUGGCUGAUUAUGUCAACAACAACAACCUCAGUGACCUAGUCACAAUCUCGUUUUCUGACACUGACGUGCUCUGCUCAAUCUAAAACUGAGAUGUAAGUUCUCCGCCAAAGAAGACUUUUGUCACACUCACAGCGUGAUGCAUUGCUUGACACUCACUUGUGGUCACUGCCCAAUAGUUUCGUUUUAUAAGAAGUACAGAAAAAACAUUUUGUUAUGAAAACUUUUAAAUAUUAUGUGAAUAUUGUAUAUUUAGGUAGAUAAAAUGAAGAACAUUACAUUUAUGAUAAUAAUUGGGGGUUUUCUAAAACAAUACCCCCACAACCCCCCCCCCCCCAGCAACAAAACACACACACACACACACACACACACACACACACACACACACACACACACACACACACACCAUCAACAAUAAGUAUUUUUGGUGUGUUUUACCAACCUUUGUACAACGUGUUCUUUUUGCAUGAUGCUAUGUUUAUUGUUCAUGUUUGUAUGCUAUGUGUUUACCGUUCAUGUUUGUG